CGCUCUUAUAAGUCGCUUGCACAUAUGAACCGCCAUUAACAAAGGAAUCACCAAAUAAGGAAAGUAAAAAGAAAUUAAGAUCCAUUUUUGUUGAGCAUAUAGUUCAAAAAUACAGAUCCAUGUUGUCGUGGCGGCAUGAAUUCCGUAGAUCAACAUUGAGAGCCAUAAUGAAGGACUUUCUGUGUCUUUCCAAAUGCUAUAAGAGACCCAUAAAAAAUAUGGCAGCUGAAUGAAUGCUUCAGAAACAAAUAAGCCAUUUUGCCAUGGGGCAUGGCUUUUCAAAAUUGGAUCAUCGUACUUGUCCAAAUAAAAGCGUCUAACAGCUGAAAGCGAAGGAUAUUUGUCUUGCACCCAUUCAGAGAUUGGAAGGUCGACAAAGAUCGCAGCAAUAAAGUGACUUAGAAAAUAAAUUAGGUAAAAGGUAUCCAUUGAGUUUUUUGUGGUAGGUAGGUUUAAGAACCAGGUGAAAGUCAAGCACGCACAAUUAUUUUUAUUUAUGGAGUUCUUCGUAAACUCUAUACUAUUUCUUCUUCUUUUGUAUUGAAUACAAUACUGUUUUCGUUGACGUUAGCUGACAUCUUUGAUGGAUAAGCAACCAAGGAUAUUGAGUUGCAUUAACUGAUUCUAAAUCUUAAGUUGUGAAAGUGCUAUAAAUUGAGCAGAAUAUUUACUAGCAAUUAGUUUCUUCAGCUUGAUAACGCGUAAACAUAGUGCCAGAUGUCAUAUCUUAAGGUUUCUGUAAACCAUGGGAUAUAUCUUCUAUAAAACUAAUUGUUCGUUUUUGUUUAAUCGAAGCUUCUGAAGAGAACUUUUUUAUCAAGCACUACUCGUGUCUCAAUAACUAUUCAUUGUGAAAUGCCAUACUAAUCUAGAUGAUAAACUCGACAAAUACUAGAAAACUCAAUUCUAUGUGGGUUGUUGAAAGGCAUUUAAUGCCUUUCAUAUGACUUGGUUUCUUAUAUCUUGUAAAUGUAUCAUCCAUAAUUUUCCUACCCGGUAGAAGAAUCAACUUGGUAAGCUGCAUCAAGUAUGGAUUUUUUUAUAAACAUUUUAUUUCUUUUUUCUCUCUUCUCUCAUUUGAAUCACAAAUUACGACGAGAAUAAUAGGAACAUACUGAAAUUCUUGGUAAACCGAAAGAUCCAAUACCUUUUUACUUGAAUCAAGCGAAUUAUGAAUGAUCAAAGAUACAAGAGAAUGAAUGCAAGUGAAUUUGUACGGGAAGAAUAUUAGUGUACCUGGCGUCUUCAAAGUAUAGCAUUUUGCUCUCAUAUACGAAUAACUAAAUGCAGAAACCAAUAGAAUAUUCAAUGGAUUAGAACUUCACUUACUUAAAUCUUCUAAACUGAUCAUUCACGCGUGAACACGAGCUCAAUUUAACAUACAUUUAAUGCGCACAAUAAUAUCAAAAUGCAAAAAUCACCCUUAAGUAUCUUUCAAAAACGGACUUUAACAAUGAUCCUAUUCAAUAAAAGGAAGGAUAAACCCCUUUUCGAACGCUGUCUCUAUGCCUACUUCCUCAAAUUUGUUAUUGUAAUCCGUCUAACUGCAAACAAAUGACUUGGAAUUUUCGUAACAGACGUUCUUUUCGUUAUCAGUCAAAAUACAUGAUUUCUUUACUAAUUUAAUUCUUUUUUGUAUAUUAUUCUCUAGUAUAAUCUUAAAUAUGACCAUAAAAAAGGGACGUCUGGUAAGAGCUAUAUAUGGGGUUGAAACAGAUAUAAACCUUGUGAGAUUGUGGAUCCUAACGGCCCUUAUGUCCUUUUAUUUGGUUAAUCGUUUUGUCUGUAUUCCUUAUAUGGAUGAGAUUUUUCAUGUAUCUCAAGCCCAAAGAUAUUGCAAUCAAGAUUGGAGAUGGGAUCCAGCCAUUACUACUCCUCCAGGUUUAUACUUACUGUCGUACAUUCUAAAGCCUAUAUUAGGAUGUAGUUUAUUUUAUCUUCGUUUUCUAAAUUUCGCUCUUGGCGUUAUUGGUAUGCCGGUAAUUUUGUUUGAUAUCAGCAAACAAUUGAACAGUAAAGCUCGUGGAUUCCCAUUAGUCCUUUCCUCUUUACCUCCUUUGUGGUUCAGUUCUUUACUUUAUUACACCGAUACAGCUAGUACCGUAAUAACUUUAUUAGCUUAUGACCUGGCACUAAGAAAUGCCGCUAUAUUAAGUUCUGUCUUUUGCUUUUUCAGUUUGUUCUUUAGACAAACAAACAUUGUUUGGGUAGGAUAUAUCAUAUAUACUUUGGUUUCGAAUGAUUUGUCUUUUUAUAAUCCUAAAUUGUCUGAAGCAACCUUUGUUGAUUUGCUUUUGACGGCCACUUCUUUGGUUGGAAGCAUUCUAAAAAAUUUAAGAAGAAUUUGGAAAAAAGUUAUUCCUUUUUCUUUUGUCAUUGCCUUUUCUUUGGGUUUUUUAAUGUUUAAUGGAGGUAUUGUUUUAGGCGACAAAUCAAAUCAUACACCGGUUAUUCAUCUUUCCCAGAUAAAUUACUUCUUCGUCUUUUUCUUUAUUUUUUCUUUUCCGUCUUGCCUAUCUUCUCUCUUAAGAAGGGAAUUCUGGAAGACAAAUAUUCUUUUUCAUAAACUUACGCGUACGACCCUUGUGCUUCUCCCUUAUCUGUUCCUCAUCAUAAAAUAUAACACAAUUAUGCACCCGUUUAUACUUGCCGAUAAUCGCCAUUAUGUGUUUUAUGUAUUUAAUCGAUUCCGUAGAUACUGGUGGUUGAAAUACCUUGGAGCACCAGUAUAUGCCUUAUGUUACAGUUUAUUUAUUAAAGAUGUUUCUCCUCAUAUAUCUGUCUUGGAUUUUACCGUCAUGACAUUGGCUACUUUGCUUACAUUAGUACCGGCUCCCUUAGUAGAAUUUCGAUACUUCAUCCUCCCGUUUUUGUUUUGGCGGAUGAAAGUCCCGUGGAAAUCAAAAAAUUUUAUGUUGACAGAGUUUAUUUUCCAUAUGGCUGUGAAUGCUGUCAGUGUGUAUAUAUUUAUUUACCGUCCUUUCUCUUGGCCUUCUGAACCAGGAAAUUUACAAAGGUUUAUGUGGUAAUUCGGGACGACAUUGUUUCCAUAUUCGUAUUAUUUAAUGAAAUGUUUUCACCAGACACGUAGGUCGAGUCAAUUAUGAACUUAUAGACCUACAAAUACAUGUGAUGUGAACCAAACGAGAAACCGUGUCAUAUUAAAUAUUACUUGCAAACGCAACCAUAAAAACAG